AAAAGUUGGCCACUAAGUGGUGUAAGAAUAAUAAAUUGUCAAUAUCAAUUGACUGAUUCUUAUUGUUCAUAUACGGACACAAAUCUUUUCGUUAAGUGAGUGUUUUGAUCAAAAAAAGUUGAAAACUUUAAAGCCAUGCCAUCACUUUGGUCUAACGAAUCCGAUGGAUCAUUACGAGAGCAUCUUGUGGAUGUUGUUGUGUCUGGUUCAGAACCAAAGAUUCGGGUACAUGAUCUGACCCGAGUCGCCGAUGAUGGAUCUCGGAUCUUGAAAGGAGUUACGAUAGAUAUACCAAAAGGUAUGAUCGUUGGUGUGAUUGGACCUAGUGGAAGUGGAAAGUCAACGUUUUUGAGAUCUCUGAAUCGUCUUUGGGAACCACCGGAGUCAACUGUGUUCUUGGACGGUGAAGAUAUAACCAACGUUGAUGUUAUUGCUCUUCGUCGUAGAGUUGGAAUGCUUUUUCAGCUUCCUGUUCUUUUUCAAGGGACUGUUGCGGAUAAUGUGAGAUAUGGUCCGAAUUUGAGAGGGGAGAAACUAAGUGACGAAGAGGUUUAUAAGCUGCUAAGUCUUGCAGACCUUGAUGCUUCCUUUGCUAAGAAGACUGGUGCAGAGUUAUCUGUGGGUCAAGCUCAACGAGUAGCACUUGCAAGGACUCUAGCCAACGAGCCUGAGGUGUUGCUGCUCGAUGAACCAACAAGUGCUCUUGAUCCGAUAUCGACAGAGAACAUUGAGGAUGUUAUAGUGAAACUGAAGAAGCAGAGAGGGAUUACUACUGUGAUUGUUUCUCACAGUAUCAAGCAGAUUCAGAAAGUUGCUGAUAUCGUUUGCCUUGUUGUCGACGGAGAGAUUGUUGAAGUUCUUAAACCAAGUGAGCUUUCGCACGCUACGCAUCCAAUGGCACAGAGGUUUCUUCAACUCAGUUCUUGAGACCAUUUUCUCAUUGAUGGUUCCUGCAAGUUAUUUGCUAUUUUGCUUGAAUCUUAAUAAUCUCUUUCAAGAGAGGAACAAAUGCUGGUUGAAUGUAACAACACCUUUCAUGGUUUAUGUCUUUUUAUCUUCUCUU